AUGGCAACAAGAAGUUCCUUCCCCAAGUUCCCAAAGCUGCCCGCUGAGCUUCGUCUCAAGAUCUGGGAGGAAGCCCUACCCGAGCUCAUCGACCAGCCCCUCUACUUCUACAGCCAGCGCCAGCGCCAGACUACCCACGCCUACGACACCCUCGCGGCGGUGGUGCCCCAGAGCAUCGACGUCCAGCACGGCCAAGUGCGCCCUCGCACGGUCGAGCUCCCGCACUUGUUCGUCAACUGGGAGGCUCGCGGGACCGCCCUGUGCUGGGUGGGCAAGCAAAACGCGGAGACUCUCUCGUCGUGGAUGAGACCGAAAAAGUCCCCGUCCCACCACCACCACCACCACCACCACAUCCUCGAGAAACGCAAGGCGGAGAGUGUGCCCGGAUACCGCGAAGUGGGUGGAGUAGUAGCACGAGAACCGACGUUCAUCACCUUUCCGGCCCCCGAGCGGGCGCUGCGGUCGGUGGCGGUGCUGAUGAGGCUGCUCCAGGAACAUCCGGGGAGCCUGGUCGGCGCCUUUUUCCGAUGGCGGGGCGUGAAAGCGGUGUACCUGGUUGUCCAUGAACAGGAGGAUGACGAGAGACAAUUUGAGAGCGAUGCGAUGGAAGGGAAACAGCCGUGGAGAUUCGAGGUAUCGGAAGCCACGCUGAAGGGGAGGUGGGUUCCAGCGAACCGUGAAAUGGAAUGGGAAGCCAGCGGCAGCAGCAACAACCAAGAGAACGACCCCGACUUGGAGAAGCUGAGUACGGUCAUGCUCGGAACCCAGCCUUCGUUGACUGCGCUCUUCAGGGAGUGGAACCCUUCGGUUCACAGGGAUUUUAGGGUCCAGCUUAUCCGUGUUGCCAGACAGCGUACGUGAGAAGCUGCUGAUGCUGGGGCAUGAAGUCCGUGGGCACUUGCUGUGGUUGGGGUGGUUUCAUUCCUCUGCAAGGUGUAUCUAGGCCGUUGACUGGUCACUGGGGUUGAUGUACAGUAGUUGCGACAUGCCAGUCCCUACACAAGCAAACACUGAGCAUUUGGGUCCGACGUCAAAGCCAAUUCUCGUCCGUAGUUGUCUUACGCCCUUCGCCUGAUGCAGUCGAGCCGACGUCGUACACGGC